CCCUUUUAACAACCCAUAAAGAGCCAUUACCUCCAUUAUCACACAAAAACUAGAUAUCUUAAACUAAUGGUUUGACUAACAUAAUUAGGUCACUUUAAAACUUUAAUACUCAUAUAAAAAGCCUCACCACACAAGCUACAUUCAAACCAAUCUCAAACUCACCUUCUUCUUUACUUCUUCAAAGUAAACACCAAAAACUAAUUUUGUAAAAAAAAAUUUUAAAAAAUGUCCAAAAUUCAUCCUCAACAUUUAUCAACACCAUCACAAACACAAUUAGUUUGUGAUCAGCCCUCAAUUUGUUAUGGUCAUCCUCUUUCUAUAUCCUCCUCGACCUUGUCCUCGUCCUCUAUACAAGGAGAGAUCUUCACCAUUUGGAUGAAAUCUCUCAUUCUAGGAGGUAAAGGUUGUACCGUUUUCGACUCGAAAGGUCAAGUUGUUUAUAGGGUUGAUAAUUAUUCUUCUAAAUGUUGUGAUCAAGUUUACCUCAUGGAUUCUCAUGGCCAUGUCCUCCUUACAAUCCUUAGAAAGAAGUUUAGAUUGUUAGCAAGUUGGAAAGGGUAUAAAGAUGAGAAGAAGAAGGGAGCUUCAUGGUGGUUUCAAGUAAAAAAAAGUUGGAAAUUUCCCAAAAUGCCCUUAGAAUGUGAGGUUGUAGUGAAUUUAUACCAUGAUAGAAAAUCACCAGCUUUCAAGAUUGAGAAGGGAAAAUCUGAUUUAACAUCUUGUAAGAUUGUAGAUAGAUUGGGAGGCCUCAUUGCAGAGGUGACAAGAAAGCAGUCAUUCGGAGGGGUAGUUUUGGGAAAUGAUGUGCUUACAUUAGUGAUUGAGCCUAAUAUUGAUCCCUCAUUAAUUAUGGGAGUUAUGGUUGCAUAUAAUCUCAUUAAUAGUAAAAUGUGAUUAUAUAUAUAUAUAUUUUUUUAAUUUAUAAAUUUAUAGAGUGCUCGAUGAAAUGGGGGUUUUUUUUUUUUAUCACAUAGUAGCCCCGAUAUGAUGAUUGCGGCCAAUGAGAAUAUGGUAUUUGCCAUCAAUAAGGCAAAACUCGAGUCUCCAUGAAUUAGGGUUUAUUUUAAUUCAAUUGUAAAUACUCUCUUCUCUUUUUGUCUUUGAUUUUAGGUUAUUGCUAACUAGACAACUUUAUGUUGUCAACAAAAUUAAUGAGAUGUAUAUGACAUGGUUUUCAUAUAUGAGACUCCUUGAUUUGCCAAUGUCCUUUGUUUAAGCGGUGAGACAAUCACAUACAAGAGUUGUUUUUUUGGGCACAGAGUGUCAUUUAAAUGAUAAGUUUUAGAUGAGAUUGUAUAACAAUUAUCAUCAUUAUGCUUGGGAAAAAAUUAUCAAUAAUAAAUCAAAUUUUACUUGAUUCCCUGAAAAUAAACCCACUAAUUAGUAAUUUUUAGAUAAACUCAUUUAUAAGGUAUAUGUAGGAAAAUAAUUCCCAAUGACACUCGUGGUAUAGUAAUUAAAAACGUAAUUUUAUCUACAUUAAUUUUAGUCAUCGACUUCUAGAAC